CAACAGCAGAAUGUUGUGUUUUUGUGUUUAUAUUCUCUCCGUCAGGAUCUACAGUACUUGUAUGAUCCUCCAGGUGCGUGCAGGCUGACAGGUGUGACAUUCAUUCUUGUUACUACAAAUGAUCAAACACACUGAUGUUACUGUUUGUACCAGCUCAGGGUGUUAAAGGUCAACACAAACAGGACAGGUAACCUUUAUUUAUCCAGAGAAGGUUUGACUGAGCGGAGAGAUUAGAGAGAAAUUUGUUGUGUAGCAGGAACGUUUGUCCUUCAGUCUCACGAGGAGCCCAUCAUAUUCAUCAGGAGACCCCUUGGAAGGUCUCAACCCACAGGUUGGGAACCACAGAUUUAAUGUAUCAGUAGUGAACAGAAUGAAAAUGUGAAAUAUUUUGCAGGCUUAAAAGUGUUUUAAUUUGGGGGCAUUUUUGUGUUUUUUGUAGAGUUUUUCUUUCUUCUUAUGACUUUUAGAGUCUUGUUUCAGAGUGGUUACUUUGGAAAAAUGAGCAGUUCUCAGAAGCUGUCUAACCCAAAUAAAACUAUAGUAUAUAUAGUUUUCAAUGCAUUCAGUCCAAACGUUUCUGUGUCCCAAACACUUCUGUUUCAUCUUUAGGCAACUUUCACUGCUUGGAUGCAAGACAGAUCCCCUUAGAUUAUAAUUAUUUACAGUAGGCCUAAAAAAAUCUCAUUAAUUACACUAAUUCUGCAGAAAAAUGAACGACUGAAUCUUCUAGAUGCUUCUCUUCACAUAUUUUCUUUGUUAGGCUAUUUUAUAAUCUUCUUCUCCCAUCCCCUCUUCCUUCUCUCCUCACUUUCGCGGAGCUUCUCAGUGGGCGGGUCUUUGAUCCAAGCUCAGCCCACAGGGGGGAGUGGUCUGGUGAUGUAGCCGCGUUUGGAGCGCCGUUCCCCGGCCAGCCUCCCAGCUGUGGAUCGCUGUGAUUUCUUCUUCUUCUCCCCCGUCACCGUUACUCCCAGCAGGGGCCUGCCGCCGCUCUCUCCGGGAUAAAGAAAUGGAGCUCCGGACAAUCCUGCCCGUUCUGCUCUGCCUCUCUGCCGCCUGUCUGCAGUCGGUGUCCGGUGCUGCUUCACGGACAGGACCGAAAGUCACGGAGAAGGUGUUUUUUGAUAUCACAGUGGCGGGUCACGAGGUGGGGCGGAUUGUCAUUGGCCUCUUUGGGGAGGUCGUCCCACUCACCGUAAACAACAUCGUUGCCCUGGCAACCGGAGAGAAAGGUUACGGCUACAAAGGGACAAGGUUCCACAGAGUCAUCAAGGACUUCAUGAUCCAGGGAGGAGACUUCACAGCUGGAGAUGGAACUGGAGGUCAUAGCAUCUAUGGAACAACCUUUGCAGAUGAAAACUUCAAACUGAAGCACUUAGGAGCCGGCUGGGUGAGUAUGGCGAAUGCUGGUCCGGACACCAACGGGUCGCAGUUUUUCAUCCUGGCUACCAAAGCUCCGUGGCUGGACGGGAAACACGUGGUUUUUGGCAAAGUCCUGGACGGGAUGUCUGUGGUUCACACCAUCGAGCUCCAGGACACUAAUGACAGGAACCUCCCGUACACCGAGUGUGUGAUCGUCAACAGUGGCAGGAUCCCCGUGAAAGAGCCAUUCGUAGUGGAGGUGGAGGGCUGGUAAAUGACAAAAGACAUUCUGUGAUUAUUACUGCUGAUCAAUCAGAAAUCCAGUUUGCAGUUUUGCCAAAUUCAUAUUUUCAUACAUUACUCAUGUUAACAUGUUAACACUAAAGGGCAGGGUAUUGUUUGAAUCUUUUGAUACCAAGGCUGAAACAUUAAGGUAUUAAGGAACAUAUCAAACAGUGAUGUUAACAAUUGCUAAUGAAGGAAGGGAAGAUUUUUAUGAACUUUCUAACAGGGAAUACAAAUCAAUCUGUGGUAAACUGGGUGUGGAGAUCAGAUUGGGAUUAAUAGUAAAAUUGUAAAAGAAUACACAAACAUGUCAUAUUUCUCUAUCCUCAGCUGAAAACCUAAUAUCUCCAAAAUGGCCACAUUUUUUAACCAGAUUUAUGACAGUGGUGUAACUUCACUUUGUGACCUAAAAUAGUUUGAAAGGAUUUGUGAACCUUAAAGGGUAACUUAUGAUACCAACUUAUGAUAUUUUUACAAUCUGAACCCCAUUUUCUGUGUGACUAACGGUAACAACAGUUUGAAAAAUUGGUCCAGUAUUGAGUGAGUGCACUUCAGUCAGCACCAGUGAAACAGGGCUGCAACCAGCAGCGUAACAUAAUUAUGACUGGCCCUUGUGCAAAUAUUUUUCUUGUGCCCCCCCAUCACCUGCCCCCAAAAACACGCUCAUGUACACACGGGCUACAGACACACAACGACUCCACGCAAUUGCAAACCUGCAGCCUUUGAUCAGCAGAACAAACAGCAGCCAAAGUGCCAAAUCUAUCAACUCAAAUACAGCUGCAAAGUAAUCCUUGUGGGCAAUUGCUUCCUGUCAAAGUACGUCCACAAAGGGCUUGUUUUUGCCACUGACAGGCUCAGCUUGAUAAGUGUCUGACGACAUUAUGGAAAGGAUCCCUAUAGAUACCCUACCUUUUUUUUUUUUUACAGAGUAAGAUCCUUUUGUUUAACCAGAAACAGUCGCUGUGUUCAAAGCCACCAGACUCCAUUGACAAAAACAGCAAUUUCUUCUUUACCAAAGCGGGGGUAAAGUGUUUUGCAAAACGUGCAGUAUUGUGGUCGAAAAAGGAAAAGGAAAUCGUAUAUUGACAAACACUUGUCACCGCAAAACAUACGGGGAGAGUGGAAGAAAUGCACAAAGGACGUCUGACAAGACAAAUUACUGUCACACAGGCUGUUGCAUCCCGGUCAACUGCAAGCGCUGAAAGAAUCAACACGAGUUAAAAAUGUUCCUUUACUACAUUAGUCACAGUGAAAAUUGGGCCUAGGUAGAAAAAUACCAAAGUUACCCUUUAAGGUGUGAUUUUAGGGUGAUUUACCCUGUCAUUUAAAAAAACAUAACUGAAUACAACAAUACACAUACAAGACAAAGUUUCGCAAACACAUUCUCACUCCCAACUCGUUACAUAUUGUAUGUCAAGACCUCUUGGCAACGCUUUAACACAGUGGUUACCCCUUUAGCAUUGUUUUUGCACAUGCAGGGCUCCUCAGUCAAGUUAGCAAUAAUAAAUAUGCAAUGUGGGUGAAAGUCCGGUGUCUGACCCGACCAGCUAAUCCGAUCUGCUCCCUACAUGGACUUUUGAGUUAUUUAUAUUAGACCUACUCCAAGGGGUCUUGACCAAGCGUCCAUAUGUGACGACUUGGGAGUGAGAACAUGUUGCUGUGGAAGUACAGCAUUUAUUUUAUUCCAAGGUGGAUUGUUUAUCCAUUUGAAUUUAUGUGCUGGUUAUUUAUGACAUACUCCGUCUUAAAGGACCUCUCAUAGAUGAGCAUGUAAUACAAAAACCAAAACCUGGAGAUAUGAGGUUUUCAGCCCAUUCUGACACAUUGUAAGCAGAGAGGAGUGGUGUCAGUUUGACCUCGUUGUGUUCAUUAUCGAUCAGGUUCACUGUGGUUCAUGUUAACGUUUUUUAUACGUUAGCAUACUUCCAUAUUUAGUGGAUGGUGCCAGUUAGCAUUAUCAAACUGUAUAAAACGAAAUAAUGAACUGUGACUCAAACGUAUCAUGAAAACUUGCACUUACAGAACUUUGUAGCUCCUCAUUAAUCUCUUAUUGCCAAAUCAUUGCUAUUUGCCAAAGUAGCUUGCACGUUCUAUGCAUCUGAUCAAUACUUCAUGUCAUAUCUGUUAACAAACAUAUGCAAAAAUUACUUGCAACCUCUGUAGCAAGCACCUUAUUAUUUAUUUUUAUCAUUCCAUUCCAUCAAGGAAAAUGAAGAUAUCCUUUUUCAUGUUUUGAUUAAAUGGAGAUAAAGUGUCUCUUCCUCAUAAGGCAUUAUGCACCAUAUCAUGUUUUGCAAAAACUACAGCAGAAAUUGCUCAGGAGGAAAAUGUUCAAAAAGUGUGGAAGUGGGUAUAAAUAUUGUACUAAUGCUGUUUCUGUCUUUUGGUGUAAUGAUCUUAAAUGUACUUUGUGUUAGAGGUGUGUUGUUGCUGACUGACACCAGGUCAGUGAACUCAUUCCGACUGUUAAAAGUUUUUUUUAUCUUUUUUCAUUUUUCUGAGUUCAGUUAACCCGAAACUCUCAUGGUAGCAUUAUAAUGCUGAAAAGUAAUGACCGAUAUUCCUCAUGUCACUGACGUUAAUGCAGCAUUUUAAAACUCUUUAGCAAACGUAUCAGAAGUUCCAUUUUCAUUAUUUCUUUAUAACAGCAGAAGAAGAGUGCCAACAGGAGAAUUUUCUACAAUAAACAACUGUUGCAGAACAA